AUGCAGAUCAAUCGCGCCUCCAUUUCAACCCUCGCGCUCAUUCUGGCCGUGGCUCAAUUAACAAUAUCCCACCCUAUUCAAACCAGCAAAUUGGUCAACUCAGAAAAAAUCCAAGAUCCCAAUGCCCGUGGAAUAUGGAAGGUCUUUGAGAAAGAAGGAUUGGAUCUAUUACCUGACCCACCUCACGUCAAAUACAACGGGAACCCGACAUGGCCAACAAAUCCAAAUAACGAACCAACAGAGCAAGACACACCAAAUACUCGCUAUACAACAGGAACUUCCAAAUCGGAGAAACCGACGGUCUCAAUCCUGAUCCCAGCAUCUCCAGAAGGACCCGAGCACAUGUACAAGCCCUACAACCAACACAAAGGAGAAGAGAACGAACACCCCUCAGGCGAUAAGAGCUCAAUCGAUGCACUCGCUGCCCAGAGACAAGAUGACUACAGCGAGGUUCUACAAUACCUGCAUGCAGCAAACACAUUGAACAAUGAGCAUAAACACUCCACCCCUGCCUCGUUGGCUUAUUCCUCCUCUUUCUUUACGUAUCGCUUCUCACUCCCGAACUUGAAAUCAAAAUCUUUGACUUUCUCACACUAUCCGCUCCCGGGAGUCUUUACGACAGUGAUUAUUCUUCUGGUGAUGGUUUGGGUCUCUAUCUUAACCAUUGGGCUACUUGAAUUGGGAAGUUAUCUUUGGAGACAGAGGGGGCAGGUUCUGGCUAGGGAAAAUGAUCGGGUUCUGUAUACUGAGGAGCGGAAUGUCAGUGUUGAUGAGACGAUGAAGGUCCCCUUGCGAAUCGUUGAUGCUCCUUCGGAAAGCACCCGGCCACGCUCCGUGGGAGAACUUGGAUAUGAGUUUCUAGGACCCAUUUACAGUGACUAUGAGACCGAUUCGGGCUCGGAAUCUGACGAGGAUGAUUAUCGCAUCUUUUGA